GGCUACUCGGCCGUGUAGAAGUUCUCCCGGCAUUGUGCAGGGAGCAACUCAGGAGCUCACCGUCUUAUCUGGGUGAGCGAGCGUAAGCAGCCGAGUCACACCAUGAAUAGGUUAAAUGUUCUUGUGGGGCAAGGGAUUCCCAGGCCAGCGGCCCCUAAGGUUUCUGGAAUGAUGGAAGUGAUUGCUCCUGAAGAUGGAUUUGUCUUAGAAACUCGUAUGCCUUUGUCAAGGCAUAAUGGUUUAGGAAGGACAGAUGCAAUGAAGGAACAGAAGAAUAGACGUAGUGGAAGAUUGCAUGUGUUUGGUCCAGAAGAAGAAGUAGUUAUUGAACCAGUUCAAACAGUCCCACGCGUGGGAUGUGGAAAUGAAUCUAUAAACAGAUCUUACACUCCGUCAAAGCAGAUCUUGUUAUGUUCAACUAAAUCAUUAGAAAAACGGAAUGCUUUAGCAACAAGAGUUGCAAAAAAGAAAAAUCUGAAGAUGAAUGUAAGACUGCAUGACAGCAUUGAAGAAGAAGCAGAAAUAAUAAAUGAUCAACAAUUAAAAACUGAUUUACAGAGAAUGAAUCAUGAAAUGAAGAUAACUGAGACUAAAACAGAAUUGGAAGACAAUGAUGAAAGAAUGAAAAAUUCCAGGAUUGAUGAAAAGGCUGUCAACAGUGAGGUCUGUACUGAACCACAAAGGGGUAGUGCGGACAAAAAAAAUGCUGAUGAAAAGCCACCAAAUAGUUCAGAUGAUGAAGACAACAAUGGCCAAAUAGACAAUGAAACUGAAAAAAGAAUUGCGCCACUACAGUUGAUGGGAGAGUUUCUGAAAGCAAUAAUGGAACGGAAAUACAAUCUUGCAAAGAAACUUUGUCAGAUGAUUCUGAUAUAUGAACCAAACAACCCUGAAGCUAAGCAGUUUCUUCCACUUAUUGAGAAAAAGCUGCUUCUGGAGAGUCAGUGUGCUGAAAAAGAAGAAGAAACUGUUGAAGGGAGCAGUGAUGAAAAUGAAGAGACCAGCAAUUCAGAAGUCAGUGAGACCGAAAGUGAAACAAGUUCUGAAGAUUCUGAUAAAAAUGCCUAGAAAUUUGGAAGCGCCAUAAAUGAGUGUUUCUUUUUGUAUUUUAUUUUUCUGUAAAAUACAUUAAAGUCGAUAGUCCACUGAUUCAGUUAUUUAUUGUGCAAUACAAAUAUAUGAAUUAUACAUACUUCCUUAAAUGGUGUACAGUUUAUGGGAUAAAUGUAGGUUGUUCCUUGUAACCUAAUAUUUAGGCUACAAAUAUUACUGUGCCAAUCUUGAAUCAAAGCAUUAAAGGCGGGACCUACUGUAUAUGUAUCCUGUGACUGAUUUGAAAGUACAGUACAAGAGGUUUGAAGAGGACAAAUCCAGGCUGAUUACAAAAAUUACUGUUGUGAUUUUUCAGUCUCUCAAUAUCCAGCAGAGAUGCAACCCUCAUAUGCUUUCUUGAUCCUGAUUUAGUUUUUUUAGACGGUUGUUCAUAGUUACCCUGGUACAGAAAUGACUCUUUUCCUCUA